AACAAGCCCAAGUGGACCGCUAAAACUAGACAGACCGACAUUGAAUUCGCCGAACUCGAUUUAACUCGAUUUAACUCAAUUUAUACUUGAAGCACUAAAGUACCUCCUAUUUGAAACAAUUCCCACUUUCACUCGCUCAUUGCAACGCGUCUGCCUAAUAAGCACCCGCGCGGUUCGCACUAAGCUACAUGGUCAUCAUGGAGCAGUGUUAUGAUACAUGGGAGCCAGUUAAUUGCCAAUGAUGUCUUUUGGAGGUUCAGAGAUCGCCGGAAAUGCCCUGAGAUCUUCCAAAGCCUUGCGCAUGACACUCCCCUUGUGCCGUUGGGCAGGACAGGCUUUGAGAAUGACCGCCACACCACCUAAAUCUCAAACAUGGCAUCCUGCUCGGGGCAUCUCCUUCUCAUCCGUUGUGCAGUCGCCAAACUUGGCGCCACAAGAUUCAGAUGGCUUGGAUGCUUCUCUGUAUUCGAAAAUCCGGAAGUAUUCGCCGUCGAACAUGCAGCGUAAAACGCGAAAGUUGAAAGCAGUUGCUCUCGAAGCAACUGAAAUUAUAGAUGAGAAUUCCGAUCUUCUCACAGAUGAGCAGACGGAAUCAUCCGAGGCAAAAGCCUCUGACGAACCUCCCGUUCCUACUUUACCCUUCAGAAUGGUCGAUGACUUGUUCUAUGCUGCUAAAAAGGCACCUGCCGGCACGACUGCUUCAUAUUGGUCAUAUACCUACUACCGGGGAAUGGCACAAGAUGGCACAGAGCAAAAGGUAAAGGUUCACUACUGUCGAAGCACCUAUACAAUGGAAAAGGUCUGCAAGGAAUGCUUCUCGAAUGAACAGAUUCUUGGCUUCGAUCUGGAAUGGGCUGCCGACUCUUAUAAGUGGGCAGGCCUCAAGAAGAACGUCUCCUUAAUCCAGCUGGCGAGUCCCAGCCGUAUCGGGCUCUUCCACGUCGCUAUUUUCCCCGAAAAAAGCGACAUGGUCGGGCCCUCGUUCAAGGCUAUUAUGGAAAGCCCAUAUAUUACAAAAGUCGGCGUUAACAUUAAAGCGGAUGCAACGAGGAUACGCAAUUACUUGAACAUAGAUUCGAAAGGCCUCAUAGAGCUAAGCCACCUUUACAAGCUCGUUACCUACUCUGCCGAAGGGCGGCAAGACGAAAUCAACAAGAAACUUGUGCCUCUAGCAACACAAGUAGAGCAAUAUUUACAUCUACCCCUUUACAAGGGUCAGGACGUCCGAACAAGUGACUGGACGAAACCUCUGGAUAUGGAUCAAGUCGCUUAUUCCGCAUCAGAUGCAUAUGCCGGAUUGCAGCUUUUCGCUACUCUUGACCAUCACAGACAACAGCUCAACCCUUGCCCGCCUCCCCCGUAUCAUGCAGAGCUCAACCUUCCUAUCCGGCUAGCAGACGGGUUGGAACUAUCUACGGAUGACGAACCCGUCGUUGACACGGUGGUAGAGACAGUCGUCGAAGCCACCGCAACCGUAACCGCUACCGCUACCGUGAAAUCCAAAACCACAGCCUCUAAACGGUCGUCGGCUCCUAAGGACUCCCGGGUCGAAAUCGCCGAGGACCGUGUUGCACGGUACCGCGCCACGCACCCCGAGGCGCUCGCAUCCACCCCGCAGCUUCGCGCGUACUUCAUGUGGCAUAACCAGGGCCUUGAUCCCCGGACUAUAGCGCACUUAUUACGGGAUCCGCCUCUAAAAACCAGCACAGUCAUGGUCUACAUACUUGCCGCGAUCGAGCACGAGAAGCUACCCGUAGAUAAGGAGCGGCUGAAACAGGAGAUUGCGGGCAGGAUUUCGAUGAACUCGGUGUGUUCGCGGUGGCCGCAUAUCGCUGCAAUCUUAGGUCUCGCGGAGGCGUCUAUUUGAUUUAGCUGAUUAUAAACGCGGUGGCUCUUUGGAUGUUUGGGGACGAUGGUUUUGGUGUUGAGAGUCGUAGAUAGAACAUCUGGAAAGAGGGGAUUUUAUAUACCAAAGACAGAAGCGUAGUGACUAUUUGUGUGUAUAAGUCGACUCAUACUCGAUGCAAGUUUAUGAAUAACUAGAACCAUAUCAUGCCAUAACCAACGUAGCCCUACGAAGUGGCUGGUGAGCACGUCAAGGACAUGUUCUUCGGUCUGCUUUUAUGCGGUAGUUCGGCUUGUAACUAACUAGGUAAUUAAACUUAUCUUGUCG